AUGGAUAAGCUGAAGUCCAAGACGCGUUCGGCGCGCAACAGACUCGCCGAAGCGACAUCGUCGGGCUCAGGUACGGGCGAGCUGCAUGUUCCACACCAAUCUCUGCCACCCCACGAGAACUCCAGUACCCAUGCUGUCAACGAAGGCUUCCAGAGCGUCGAGCCUGGGACCAAUGCGCAGGACUUCGGAACACCAGCAGGCCAGCCAACACGACAACCUGUCAUCGAACCGCCUACCUCGCUAGAGUCAUCCAUUGACGCUGGCCAACAUGUCCCCAAGCCUACGAGGGCGAGCGAUCCCUCAUCGCAUGUUACGUACAGUACUCUUGCUGCACAACGAGCAAGAAGCAGCUCUGCGCCAACUAGACCCCAGCAAUACCCACGACGGCCCCAAGCCUACCGUCAAGCCAGUAUUGGUAUUCGGCGUAUACCCUCCUCUAACGCCCUGAGACAAGCAGCACAGAAUCACAAUGCCGCCUCAACAAUAAGAUCAAGUACGCCUCUACCUGCACUGGACGAAGAACAAGAGCUGGGACAGUUCUCCUCCUCCAACGGGAGUCAGUCGACCCUCACGAACCCUGAGCCAGAUCGAAGUCGACUGCGGAAGGUCAAGAGCGCAAUACAGACCAGGAUACCUUUCUGGGGCAACAAGGAGGAGGAAAAGUCACCGACAACGAGUGCCCAUGCUGCUGCACCGGAAGACGAUAUGUCGUCCAACUACACCUCUGGCAUGGUCGACGUCCUCGAUACCAUCGAUCCUGAGGUUGCGACGCUUACUUCUUUGACAAACAUGCAGAAUUCGCUUUUCAUUCCCAAUCUACCCUGGCUCAACCGUCGGCCGACGUACAACCUACGUCGACGGAAGAGCGAGACUGAGAGUCUAGAAGAGAUCAACCGCAUCCUAGAACCGGCCCGUGCUGCUCAGGCACAGGAGCAAGCGGCUCCAAGACUUCAGCGUUCGCCAACUGAAGCUACUACGACGACUAUGAUGACGAUAGAUUCGCAGCUCACUGAGUCUCGCUUCGCUGUGCUUCCCGAAGAGGCUGACUUGUCUGGCUGGAGUGUCGAGGACAAGAAGGAGGUCAACGACCAUGUCCGACAUAUGCUUCACUCACGACGAUCCAAGAUGAAGCGCUCUCUGAAAGGGUUCGGACAGUAUGUCAGGAGACCUCUUGGCUUCCUUGUCACUCUCUACGCGACCCUCAUCACCCUGUUCGGUCUGGCCUGGGUGCUUUUCCUCAUCGGCUGGGUCAAUGUCGGUGGCCAACAAAUCUACGUCGUCCACGUCAUUGACAGUGUCCUUGUUGCCCUUUUCGCUGUUGUGGGAGAUGGUCUCGCACCCUUCCGUGCCGUAGAUACCUACCACAUGAUUUACAUCGCUCACUACCACCACUUCACCUGGUCGCGCCGUAAGAAGGAGAUGCUUCCCGAACUUACCGAUCAUAACGACCUUCCUGCCGAACACGCUCCUGUGUCUGGACCCCGUGUCGUAGACCCAGCAGAUCCUGAGAAGCAGUGGGAAUUCACCGUUUUGACGCCCAGGCAACAGGAGAAGCUGGAACACCACCAGGAGAAGUUCUGCAAAUCUCACUCUUUCUACAAACCCCACGAGACAGAGACCCAUUACGCCUUCCCUCUUCGUUUCCUCGUUGCUAUCGUCGUCCUUCUGGACUGCCACUCUCUACUCCAGAUCUCUCUCGGCGCGUGCACAUGGGGUAUUUACUACAAACACCGUCCUUUCGCCAUCACCACCGUCAUUCUCUGUUGCUCCAUCACCUGCAAUGCCACAGCCGGUCUACUGAUUUGGUUGGGUGACAAGAAAACCCGCAAGAAGGACGUGCUAGAGCGCAUGAACAGACAGGAGCUGACCGAGGAGGCCAUCAAAGAAGUAGAAAAGAAGAAGCAGAAGGAGAAAGAAAGAGAAAGCGAGGGCGAGUCUAGCGGUGCAGACGAAGGCAGGGACAGGGAGGCAAGGAGAAUUAGUCUUGAUGCUUUCAGGCCAGGGAGGAAGAGUAUGGACAGGAACAGAGAGAAGAAGCAGAGUCUGGGUGCGUAUCCCUGA